UGCAUCUCAUUACGCGCCCGGCUCGCUCGCGCUGCUGUUUCGGGCGGCGCUGCCAGAGCGGAGCAGGUGCCCGAAGAUGGCGAGCCGGAGCCGGAGCCGGACUCAGACUCAGCAGCAGGAGCAGGAAGAGCGGCAGAGGCAGAGGAGGCGGCCCCACUGCUACCAGCCCGGCGCCCGCCUCGACCCCUGCGCGCCCCCCGCCGCCGCCUGGCCGCCGCCGCCGCCGCCUUCUCUCGGUUCGCCUUCGCCCCCCGCGCCGCCCUGCGGGGCCCUCACGCCACCCUCGCCCUCCCUCGUCCUCCUCCUCCUCCUGGCCGCCGCCGCCUCGCUGCUCCCCACAGGUAGGCAAGGCGGGAGGGCGGAGAGCCCCACCCCCACGCAAGGUGAUGGACAGAAUUUGGUUACAGAAGAUGUGAUCGUCGUAGAGGGGGAAGUUGCCACCAUCAGUUGCAAAGUCAGAAACAGCGACGACUCUGUGAUUCAGCUCUUGAAUCCCAACAGACAGACGAUUUAUUUCAGAGACUUCAGACCUUUGAAGGACAGCAGGUUUCAGUUAGUGAAUUUCUCUAGCAGUGAGCUCAGAGUGUCCCUGACGAAUGUCUCCAUUUCGGAUGAAGGAAGAUACUUCUGCCAGCUCUACACGGAUCCCCCACAGGAAUACUAUAUGACGAUUACAGUGCUUGUUCCACCACGUAACUUGAGGAUCGAACCCCAGAAGGAGACAGCAGUGGAAGGAGAAGAGAUUGAGCUGAACUGCACAUCAAUGGCCAGCAGACCACCCACAGUGAUCAGAUGGUUCAAAGACAGCCAUGAACUACCUGGCAAAUCAGAAGUGGAACAGUGGUCAGACAUGUUUACGGUGACCAGCCGUCUUUCACUGAAAGUCAAGCGAGAGGAUGAUGGGGCUGCUAUUGUCUGUCAGGUAGACCAUCCUGCCGCCAAAGACUUGCAGACCAAGUACUACCUAGAUGUAAUGUAUAAGCCCGAAGUGCAAGUUUUGCAGAAUUCCCCUGCGCAGUCUCUCACGAGAGAAGGAGACCUCCUUGAUCUUCUGUGCCAAGUGAAAGGGAAACCAGAGCCUACAGAUGUGUCGUGGUUAAGAGUAGACGAUGAGAUGCCUCAACACGUUAUAGUGUCAGGUUCAAACCUCCACAUUAACAGCCUAAACAAAAGCGAUAAUGGCACAUACCGCUGUAAGGCUUCAAACGAAGUGGGGAUGUCCUUUUACGAUUACACGCUUUAUGUACACGAUCCCCCCACAACUCUCCCUCCACCCACAACAACCACAACCACUACCAUUCCUACCACCACCACCACCGCAGACACAACGGCGACGACAGAACCAGCAGUUCACGGCUUUAAUCAGUUGCCAAAUUCCGCCGAAGAGCUGGACUAUGAGGAUCUCUCAGAUUCUCGAGCAGGUGAGGAGAGCGCCAUCACUGCUGUGGACCAUGCUGUGAUUGGUGGAGUCGUGGCCGUGGUGGUCUUUGCGAUGCUCUGUCUCCUUAUCAUUCUGGGACGAUACUUUGCAAGACACAAAGGUACCUACUUCACUCACGAAGCCAAAGGAGCUGACGAUGCGGCUGACGCAGACACAGCUAUAAUCAAUGCCGAAGGGGGACAGAACAACUCCGAAGAGAAGAAAGAGUACUUCAUCUAGCUCCGUUUGGAUGUCCUUGAGGUGUCCAACUGCGGACAGUUACUGGCCCUGUGUAGAAGACAAAGACAGUGAUGUUGGAAGUUGCUACCAGCUUACAGCUUUUUUAAUUUGUCUCUUUUCCGUCUUUUCUUUUCCCUUCCAGUGCUGUUUAUUUUAUUUUAUUUUUCUUUUAAUGAAUGGUUGGCAAAGUGUGUGGGAGAGUCGAGGAUUGCCUAGGUGACAGAGUUCUUUGUGAAGAACGCUCUGCCGUUUGACACCUCACUUUCUUUGGGUUGUUAAUUCCCGGGCCAAGUCCAGCUUGGGUUUAGUUUAGUCCCAUCGUUUGCAGAAAAUUCUGUGCCUUGUUUUAUUUCUUCUUUCGUUGGAGGGAUGAAGAGCAGAUGGUUUCAUAAUCUUUUUGUUUUUCUUCCUAGCUUCUCUUGGAAUUGCCUGCUGGGAUCCCUUAAAAAUAGUUUUAUUUUAUUUCUUUUCUUCUGAGCGCUUUACCUUUGUUUUUUUAAACUCCUGGGUUGAUGUUUUUUGUUGUUGUUGUUGUUGUUUGAAACUGUGUCAUCGAAGGAGAACCGGCACACCUUAGAUCCCAUCGUUUGAAAUUCAGUGUCUUCAUCAUCCAUUCUACUCCCUUGUCAUGAGUGCUUGGAAGAACACACUUUUUAGGAGAAUGGUUUGCAGCUGCCCAUGUUUCCAACGCAGCGAAGACCACCAAAUAGGCUGAAACUUCAGAAACAUGCUCCGCUUUUCAUUGAGACCUAAAACCAUGCUGAGUUAUCUGCAAGCAAAGUGGACCCCAGGAGAGCUGAGCCUGCCCUUUAUUCUGGGUCUAUAGACUCCUCUGUGCAGGACAUAGUCAUACUGUCUGGACAGGAACAGGGCACUGACCACAUCACCCCAGUUCUUGCCCUAAACAGAUGAGGGCUGCUACUUUCAUUUGAGUUGUUACAGGAGGGAGAGCAGAGAGAGAGGAAAUAAGAAGUUCUGCUCUUAAUUAUUUUCUGUUGCAAAUGAUGCUAUCACUGGCUCCCAGUUGGCCUCACGUUGCUGUAAUUUACAGGAAACUCGGGGGGGGGGACACCUCUGUGAUGUGAAAGGGAUGUGAAUCGGCCAACUUCCUUCCUUUUCUUCAUUAUUAAGUUUUCUGUCUUGGUUUACUUUCCUCCUUUUUUUUUUUGUACUUUGUUAAAGAGGGCACAGAGAGAGGCGCUAUGAUUGCAGCCUGCAAGUACUGUACAUUGCAGAUACCUGUCAUGCUGAGGUAUCCAAAAAGAACCUGUGUGGAACUUUUCAUUCCUUUGGAUUCGACAUCACAAAAGGCAGGAGAGGAGAGAAGAAAAGCAGGCUUGUUUUGAUGCUGGACUGCCCCUGCAUCUCUGUUCCAGAAAGGUCAGAGCAGAGGUGGAAAAACCAGCAUGGAAGUUUUUCAGUUACUUAAUCCAAACCCUUAACGCAGAGUGUGUGAGAGGUUGUGUUUCUGUUCCCCUCCCUGCUCUUUCCCUGACUCGCAGCCCUUGGCCUCCUUCCUUAAGAGCCAUCUGCCAAUAAAUUACUGAUCCUUGCAUGAUGGUAGUCAUGGUGAAGAGAUAACUAAAAAUAAGUUUACCUUGUGAGCGUUGGAGAUCUGAAGCCUUGGGAGAAAGAGAGCCAAGUGCAGGUGUCUGCCACUUCCCUUUCUUCCCUGGGGAGGGGAAUGUGGCACCUCUUGUGGCAAUGUGCUGCUUCUAAACCCUUUUUAAGAGGAAAAAGAGACACAUAAUGUGAAUUAGAAGUAUUACGAUGAGGCUCCUGAUAAGGGGUUGACAUUGAGAAGAUGGCUGACUCAUGAGGAAACACUUCAGUUGCCUAAAUAAGUAAGGAUUUUGAAUGAUGAAUUUUUGUGACUGUCGUGUACAUGCAAAGAUUUAUUAGGGAAAAAUAUCAUCUCUAAAUGUCAGUGUUUGUGUUUUAAAAGGCUUUUUAAAAACACUUGUGUGGGGGGGUAUUAUUAUUAUUUAUUAUUAUUAUUAUUAGCAGAGCCAUUUAAAUGCUACCUUUCCAUAAUGGAUGUGGCACACAGAACAAGAUACUUUUUGUUUUGGUAUUUACCUUCCCCACCUCCACCCCCUUUUGGAACCAUGAAAAUGCAAUUCAACUUUUUCCUUCUUCGGCAAAGUUUUGUACCUCUUGUUUCUUUGCCUUCUGUACCACUUGAGACAACAGACCAACCACACUGAAGGGCAAGGACAGCUACUGAAAGAUUGUGAGGAGGGGGGGGCGCUUUUUCUACACGUUUAUCACAGAUCCGGCACCCUGUUCCCUGAGCAGCUCAUCUUUGUUUUGAAGAGUGUACAGUAGUGCAGUGUUCCCAAUGUGACUUUGACUUAAUAAUGUUGACAUGUCUCAGGUUCAUGUGUUUUGAUUGGUGUUUUCCGUCUCAGGUAGAUCGCAAAAAUUUUGGCCCCACACUUUGGAAAAGAACACAACGAGCAACCACAACAGGAAAUGAUGGGUUUUAGUUGUAUAUCAAGUUUAAAGGGGAUUAAUUCUUUUGUUCCUGCAAGUAUACAGUGCACUGUUUGAAAUGUAUUGUUAAGUACUGAUUUGUACAGGGUUAGAUUACAAGGAUUUUGUUAAGAGUGGAAAAAGAACAAACUUGUUUCUUGUGGACUUGCAGUUUGGAAAUUUUUCUUGGGGUUUGUGGUCUGGGUUUUUUUUUUAACAUCAACAACAACAACAAAGACUGUUGACAAGAAAAAUAAGGGAACUGCAUAAUUGAUGCCAAAUAAGCUUGUUCUUUACUCACCGUUGACCUCUUUUACUUUUGCCCCCGUAGGCCGAUUCUGUUUAAGGUGUCCAUGGACGAUGUUGCAGUGUAAGAAAACGCAUAUUCAUAUCUUCCCAUUCACAUUUUGUAUUGGUUCAUGUAUACCAUUUUUACAAGAAAAAGAAGUACUAUAAAGUAUCUGUCUUCUUAAUAAAAACAAAUUAAUGUUACAAAACUA